AUGCAAUAUAGUAAAAGUACCAUCAAUAAUAAUAAUAAUAAUAAUAAUAAUAGUUCUAAUAAUGGGAGUGGUCAUCCAUAUAGUGUCGAUUCAAGUAAUCAAUUCUUAUUAAGAACUGAGAAUUUGGAACCAUUAAUAAGCUUUACAAAUCAAUUAAGCAGAGAAAUUGAGAGUAAUAAUGAGAAAUUAUCAAGUAUUUGUCACAAUUUGGACUCUAGUUUUAUUGAUUUUCCAGAAGAUAUUGCGAAUAACAAUAGUGUACCACCCAACGAUGGAAAGACCACUGAUCGUUUAAUUUCCUAUUUACUAGAACAAAAAUAUAAUAUCAAAACCCCCAAAAAUGAAGAUGGACCUGACGAAGAUGGGGCCGACUUAAAAAGUCAGAUUGAAUCUAUGAAUCAACUACUAGGUUCUAAAAUUCAGAAAAAUAAACAGUUAUUUGAAAUAAUUAAAGAUUACGAAAAUACCAUAUUUGCUGAACUACUACCUGCCUUACUAUCUCAAAAUGAUACCACCCAUGAAUUGCAACUGAAGGGCCAAACUAAGGAAGAACCUAACCAAACUAAGGACGAGCCCAAAGAUUUAGAAAAAUCCUCAUUAUCGUUAUUAUCAAAUUCAGAAUUUGACGAUAUUGAAAUCAUUCUUGAUAAAAAAUUACAAUAUCAAAAUGAAGUUUAUAAACUAUAUUUGGAUAAAAUUAGUGAAAUGACGGAAGUACAUGGCAAAAUAAAUGGAAUUCUUGAUAAAUUUAAUACUGAUGCUGCUUAG